CCCUCCGACCCCGUUUCAACACGGCGCUGGCCGCAGUCUGACAGGCACGGGACGGAGCCAAGAUGGCGGCGGCCGACGGCGACGACUCGCUCUACCCCAUCGCGGUGCUCAUAGACGAGCUUCGCAACGAGGACGUCCAGCUUCGCCUCAACAGUAUCAAGAAACUGUCCACCAUCGCCUUGGCCCUGGGGGUCGAACGCACCCGCAGUGAGCUUCUGCCCUUCCUCACAGACACCAUCUACGAUGAGGAUGAGGUGCUCCUGGCGCUGGCCGAGCAGCUGGGCACCUUCACUACGCUCGUGGGGGGCCCCGAGUUCGUGCAUUGUCUACUGCCGCCGCUGGAGUCUCUGGCCACGGUGGAAGAGACAGUGGUGCGUGACAAGGCAGUGGAAUCCCUGCGCGCCAUCUCCCACGAGCACUCGCCCUCUGACCUCGAGGCCCACUUCGUGCCACUCGUCAAGCGGCUGGCAGGGGGUGACUGGUUCACCUCCCGCACCUCGGCCUGCGGCCUCUUCUCCGUCUGCUACCCCCGCGUGUCCAGCGCUGUCAAGGCUGAGCUGCGCCAGUACUUCCGGAACCUGUGCUCAGACGACACCCCCAUGGUGCGGCGGGCCGCAGCCUCCAAGCUUGGGGAGUUCGCCAAGGUGCUGGAGCUGGACAACGUGCGGAGCGAGAUCAUCCCCAUGUUCUCCAACCUGGCCUCGGACGAGCAGGACUCGGUGCGGUUGCUGGCAGUGGAGGCGUGCGUGAACAUUGCGCAGCUGCUGCCGCAGGAGGACCUGGAGGCCCUGGUGAUGCCCACGCUGCGGCAGGCGGCCGAGGACAAGUCCUGGCGUGUCCGAUACAUGGUGGCCGACAAGUUCACGGAGCUCCAGAAAGCGGUGGGGCCCGAGAUCACCAAGACAGACCUGGUCCCCGCCUUCCAGAACCUGAUGAAAGACUGUGAGGCCGAGGUGAGGGCUGCAGCCUCUCACAAAGUCAAAGAAUUCUGUGAAAAUCUCUCAGCCGACUGCCGGGAAAACGUGAUCAUGACCCAGAUCCUGCCCUGCAUCAAGGAGCUGGUGUCUGACGCCAACCAGCACGUGAAGUCGGCGCUGGCCUCGGUUAUCAUGGGGCUGUCCCCCAUCCUUGGCAAGGACAACACGGUCGAGCACCUCCUGCCACUCUUCCUGGCUCAGCUGAAGGACGAGUGCCCCGAGGUGCGGCUGAACAUCAUCUCGAACCUGGACUGCGUGAAUGAGGUCAUCGGCAUCCGGCAGCUGUCGCAGUCGCUGCUGCCCGCCAUUGUGGAGCUGGCUGAGGACGCCAAGUGGCGCGUGCGGCUGGCCAUCAUUGAGUACAUGCCCCUGCUGGCUGGGCAGCUGGGGGUGGAGUUCUUUGAUGAGAAGCUCAACUCCCUGUGCAUGGCCUGGCUCGUGGACCACGUCUACGCCAUCCGCGAGGCGGCCACCAGCAACCUCAAGAAGCUGGUGGAGAAGUUCGGCAAGGACUGGGCCCAUGCCACCAUCAUCCCCAAGGUCCUGGCCAUGUCGGGGGACCCCAACUAUCUGCACCGCAUGACCACGCUCUUCUGCAUCAAUGUGCUGUCGGAGGUGUGCGGCCAGGACAUCACCACCAAGCACAUGCUGCCCACCGUGCUGCGCAUGGCCGGGGACCCCGUGGCCAAUGUGCGCUUCAACGUGGCCAAGUCCCUGCAGAAGAUCGGGCCCAUCCUCGACAGCAGCACGCUGCAGAGCGAGGUGAAGCCCAUCCUGGAGAAGCUGACCCAGGAUCAGGACGUGGACGUCAAGUACUUCGCGCAGGAGGCUCUGACGGUUCUGUCCCUCGCCUGAAGGUGGAAGAGGAGCCGAUGCCGCCGGUCUCUGAUGUCCGCCCUCCGCCCGUCCCUCCGGGGAGACAGUGGGGGGCCUCUAGCGUCCGCCCUCCCCCCUGGUUCUUCAGGGAGUCUCGGAGGAGCCUCCGGCUGCCGCUUCUGUGCAUGGUCCGACCCGGCCCCCCUCAGAACGGUUGUUCCUCUCCCUGGCCUGGGACUGAUUCCUCACCGCCAUCCUUCACCUCUGCCCCGGGGUACAGGGCCUCUGGGAGAGAUGCGUGCACCCCUGCACUGGCCCUGCAGCUGUAACAGGCACCCCUUCCCUGCACAACUCCCCUCAGUGGUUUCUGUGUCAAUUGUGCUGUUUGGAUGUUACUCUUCCUUCCUCACCUUUCUUUUAUCAGAAAUAAAGUCUUGAAGGCGCUGGUCA